AUGGAUUCAAAAGCAGGAAAUUCUAGACCCAAGACUCCUCAAGAUUAUGAGAUGAGUCUUACUCCUGUAAAUCAAAAUAGAUUCCAAUUAUUGCAAGAUUUUCCAGCAUUGACUUAUAGUCAAACUGCUCUCAAUGCCAUUGCUUCAAGGAAGAGUUGUACUCCAUCACAGCAAGCAUUGGCCUGGGUCCAUCACCAAGGCAAUGAUGUUUGUCCCAUACCUGGCACUACCAAGAUUGAGAACCUCUAUCAGAAUAUAGGAGCUUUGUCUGUAAAACUGUCAGCAGAAGAUAUGGCUGAACUUGAAUCUAUUGCAUCAGCUGGAGUCAAGGGUGAUAGAUAUGAUCCUGGCCGUGGUACUUGGCGAACUCCUGAAACUCAUGAAGACAUACCUUUGUUGAGGCAUUAA